AUGGUGUGGAUUGCGGCGUCGCACAGAGAGUUUGCAUUGUUGACGGGCACUGCUGCAGUUUCCUGGCCAAUUCGCGUUGUAAACGUCGAUCCCCGAUUGUUCGGCGACAGCGACAUCGACAUCGACAUCGACAGCGACGGCGACAGCGACAGCGACGGCGACGACGAUAGCGACAACCCCAGCGCCAGUCGCGGCCUUGCGGCGAUGGAAGAGGAGCGCACCAUCACGCUGGACCUGGGGUCGUCGCCCGAUCCGCUGAUCGAUCCCGUCCUCAGCCCGCCCAUGAUGCCGCCCUCGGCCAUCAAGAAGAAGACGCAGGCGGCCGAGCGGCUGGUGACCGCGUUUGCACCUCCGUCACCGAGAAAGCAAACUUUCGAGCUCGAUGUCGGCGACGAGCGGACCCCACAGCGACUGCUUGUCACGGUCGAAGCCGAGAGCGGAGGGCCGCGCAGCACCACUCGCCGUCUCUUCCAGUCGCCCACGCCGAAGCAACGACGGUUGACGCCCCGGAGGGAGCCGAAAACGAUGGUCACAACGACGACGGUACCCCUGCGCGGCCUGAGCGACGACGAGGGCGUGACACCGAGGAGGAGGGGCCGCCCACGCAAGUCGGGCACCCCGACGACAACGCGGCGCAAACGGCCCGGGACACCGGCCAAAGUGUUGCGGAAGAGCACGGGACGCGCCUCUGCAUCCCCCGAAAAGGUCGUGUCUACGUUGGACACCGGGAUCGAGACGACGCCGCGGCCCGGCGCACAAAGAGCUACGAAGCGGAAGGCCACAUCUCCGGCGAAGGAGGACAACGGCGGCGCGCCGGGGAGCCAGCCGCGCAAACGGGGUCGGCCAAGGAAACAAACGAGCACGGCGGAUGACUUGGCGCGUCUGGGGCAGGACAUCUUCCGGGAGCCCGGCGACAACAGCGAUGCUCCGACGGCACCCGCCCAGAGCCAACCGGCCAGCGACAUGCAAAACGACGACGGCUACGGCGACGACGACGAUAUCUGGCUCGCGACCCUGUCCGACCAGCCCACUCCCCUCCCCCUCCCCCUCCCCCCCGCAAGACAGCAGGAACCGGCCCGGGACCGCUCGUCCGAGAUUCCCGUCGGUGACCGGUCCGCCGAACCAGAGCCCCAACUCUCACGGCGCGAGCCGGAGCCGGAGCCGGAGCCGGAGCCGGAGCCGCAGCAAGAACCGCAGCGGUAUCAGUACGAUUGGCCGGACUUGGGCGGCGGAGGGGCCGAUUCAUACAGCGAGGCAGGGUCUUUCGCAAGCGACCAGGACGACGAUCGGGAGGGGUUCGAGGAUACCGUCAUGGCCGAGGAGUUUACCAUGAUCUCGAUUCGCUCCCUGCCUUCGAUGCAGCCGAACUCGAGCGUCGUGGCGCCGGCGAAUGAGGAGCUUGGCGAGGCGACGAGCCUCAUCAUCAACGGCGCGUUAGAGUCCCUCAGGCAGAGCCGCAACAGGUCCGCAGAGGAACAGCAACCUCGCGCCGAGCCGACAAAUCCUGCCCCUGCCCCUGCCCCUGCCCUUGCCCCUGCCCUCAUCCAAGCGCAGCGAAGCGGCGGCGCGGAAACGGCAGAGUCCCCGGUUCAGCAAUACCAACCGCGCCGGGACGCGCAGCAACAGCAGCAGCAGCAGCAGCAGCAGCAGCCCCCCAGCUCGCCGCAGCCCGUGAGGCGAAGCCCCCGCAGGACGACAGCCCAGCCCCUGGCCAGGCAGUUGACUCUCAAGAGCCGCGAGCAAGCUGCUCGACAGUCACCGGCACCAGCACCAGCACCAGCACCAGCACCCGACCAGCACCCGACCACCGCCCCUCGCGCGCCGGCUCCCCGCCGGUCCCCCGUCGAUAACGAGCCCCGAGACGCGGGCGCCUACGAGGACUCCUUCUCCGAGAUACCCGAGGCCGUCCUCGCGGCCGCGACCCCCCGGCGGCCAUACCGCCAGCAGCAACAGCCGGCGCCGGCGCCGGCGCCGGCGGAUGAGCAAGCCCAAGACAUCCAGCCGUCCAUUGAACGGCCCUCAAGAGUGAACCACUCCAACCCCCAAUCUGAGACGAAUAGGCUGUUGACUCCUGAUGAGACACCAUCUCCCAUCCCCUCCGACGCCGAGACGCGCGAACCACAACAACACGAACAACAACAACAACAACAACAACAACAACAACAACAACGACAACAACAACCACCCAACCCGACGGGGGCUUCUUCCGCUGAUGCCGACCUGCCGUCCUCCCCGCCGAUCGAGAGCCCCGUGCUCAGCCAUGCCGUCGAGCAACUCAUUCGCCGCAACUCAACCGAGACGCCGGCCGACCAGCUCUCGUCCUUCGCUUCGUCGAACGCCCCCGCCCGAGACCCCAACCCCCUCCACCUCCCCGCGCCCGAGCAACCCCAGCGCCGACCGACCCUCUCCCCGAUCGUCCGCGCCGGACCAUCCUGGGGGAGCCCGUUCCGGGGCUCCGUGUCCAAGUCCAGCCAGUCACCCGCUCCAGUCGUGGCCCCAGUCGCUGUCGCCGCCGCCGCCGCCGCCGCCGCCCCGGCAGCCGAACAGGGAUCCGAGUCCGCAUCCCGACCUCGAGACGAUGCCGCGGCCGCGUCUCCGUCCGCGUCCCCGUCCCGGAGGUGGCUCGCGCCUGUGCAACAUGUGCGGGACCUCAUCGUGCGAAGCGCCCGGUCCCUGUCGCCGGCGCGCGUCUCGGUCUCCGGCACAGAUCACAUGGACGACCCGUUCGGCCCGGAUCCCGGCGAGCUGGCCGGAUCCGGUUCCCAGCGCACCACCUUGUUUAGCGGUCCCGGGAAGCAGGCCAACGGUCGGAAGGCCGCCGCCGCCGCCGCCGCCGGCGGUUCCAGCUCACCCAGUGCCAGCCCGGCCCCCGACGAGGACAGGAUGAGCUGGCUGGCCGAAGGGAGCCCUGCUGGCGGCGGUGGUGGCGGUUCGCCAAGGCCCGCGUCCCGCGACCUGAGCAGCACCGUCGCCGCCUCCGCCUCCUCAAGCGGGCCGGCGGGUGAGCAGGGCGACUGGCCGAGAUUUGCAACGUCGGAAGUCUCUCCCAGGCCACGCCCGGUUUCCGAUCGCCAGCCAAGCUUGUUUGAGAGAGAGCAGCAAGACCCGGAGAAGCAAAAGGAGCAGGAAGUUGAAGAGGGGGAGGGAGAGGGAGAGGAAGAAGAGGAUAUCUGGGCUAUCGAAGCGCAGCGACCUACUCCAUAUGCGCCGAGGUAUGGUCUGGCUCGGCAGGAGUCGCAACCAGAUCCGCCCCUGAGAGGCAAGAUGCCGAGUCCAUGGGGCCAAAAUAGUCGCCGCCCACUGGUGAACAAUCGCGAGUCGGAGCGGAAUCCGGUGUCUCAGAGAGCAUCUGGAUGGGCGCCCCCAACUAAUGAGGAAGAGGAAGAGCCCAGUCUGGUUGCUCAGAACCGGAGGGAGCGAGUGCCCCGCUUCCGUGCUCAAAGGAACGCAACGUCGGGAGAAGGGGACGAGGAAGAGUUCAGCUUGCUGUCUCAGAACCGCCAGAAGCAGACUCCGGCGCCAACAGCCAAACAAGCGCAAGCGAAGAAGCCGGACCUGCUGGACUUCUUCUCGUCCCCUGCUGUUCUCCCUGAUCUGGGGCAGGGCUCCCCCGGUGUUGGCUCCUCGAUGGCACCGGGCCCCGCGAGAGACCAGCAGGCCAAUCCUGUGGCUCAACCGCCAACGAUACCUCCUCAGCGGCCGCGCCCAUCAGGCAACAGCUUGUUUGCUCAGUACAUCCAGCAGCAGUCGCAGACACAAACACGGCUGCCUUCGGUGGCUCAGAAGAAGCAGCAACUCGAGAUCGGGACGCGCCACAGGAGCGUCGAUUUGUUUUCGCCCGCGCGAGAGAGCGUUGAGCGAAGCAGCCCACAACAAGCGCCGGCGUCUACUGCGCGGUCCAGCUCGCCACGAAGCCUCGAGGGAUCCGCUCCAGCGCGUGUCCCAGAACCGGCCAGCUAUGCGUCGGGUUCGCUGCCAGCCGAGAGCGCUAGAAGGUCGGACGCUUCUGUCCCACGAACGGCUUCUCCGGAAAGCCCGGCGGAGACCGGUUUCGGCCAUAUUCCCCAGAAAAUGAACUUUACUCCUCGCCGGCGGGGAGAGAGUAACAACAGUCUCUUCCAACCCAAGCCGGUGGCCCCGGCCAGUUCGCUCUUCGGCAACAGCCAGGUCGCGGCUUUCUUCUCGCGGUCCUCCUCCCGCCCGCAACCGCAGCGGCCGCCAGCGCGAUCGUGGGAGGAAGAGAGAGAGGACGACAACAACAGGGAUGACAGCAAUGAUGAGGACGAGAACGAGAACGAGAACGAGGACAGCGAGGGGGAGCCCAGGUCUGCUCUGCCGGCGUCCAAGCUGCAGCCGCACCGUGCCGCGUCGCCCACGAAGUCGUGCAUCCGCUCGCCACUCAAGCCGAAAACGCCCGGCCGCGUGGUAGAGUUCACCAGCAGCACCCUUUCUCCGCUUGCCCAGGCGCAAGCCCGGGCCGAGCGGCGGGCAAGCACGUCUCCAGACAAGGAGAAUAACCCUCCUCCAAAGGUUCCCCGCGGGAUCGCCGGCGCCGCUCCGGAAGGGAACAACAACACGACCCAGUCUUCCCCGCCGUCCCCAUCCCCAUCCCCAUCCCUAUCUCCCUCGCCCUCAUCCUCCCCAUCACCUUCACCCUCGCCCUCUCCCUCGCCCUCACCCUCGCCGCGCAGAAGCUACUCCACUACCAACUUCUCUUCGGCCACUACGGCCUCCCAUCAGAAAGAAGCGCCACCCAUCAGCACCAGACAAUCGUCAACAUCGGCAGCAGCAACAAUAGCAACAACAACAACAACAACAACAACAACAACAACAACAACAACAACAAUGACGCCACCCCUCGAACCGCUGUCCCGGACCACGACGUGGUCCCGCGCCCACUGGCUCCGCCUCGACGAGCUCCUGCAGGCCCGCAAGCGGGGGCCCCUCGAGCUGCAGCGCCAGCUCGCCCGCCACCACCACCGAGACCGCCGUCACCGGCCCCCCCGCUCCUCCUUCUCCUUCUCCUUCUCGUCCACCAACCGCGGUGGUGACGACGGCGACAGCACCUGGCGGCAGCGGUUGCUGGGGAAGCAGGUCACGGCGCAGGGGGAGCGGAUGGAGAUCGAGGGGUGGCACCUGGACGUGGUCGAGGGGUUCUUGGCCGAGGUGCGCAGCGGCGGCGGCCGCGGCGAUGGUGCUGCUGGUGAUGCUGCUGGUGAUGCUGCUGGUGAUGCUGCUGGUGCUGCUGCUGCUGGUGGUGACGGCUGGGACGAGGCGCAGAUCGUCAAGAGGGUGUUUGCUCUGCUCGUCGGGGAGGAGAGACGGCGGCUGGGGCUGGUCCCCCCUAGGAGGGGGGAAAAAUGA